AAUUAUUUUUAUAUAAAAGUAUACUUUAUUCAUAUGAGACUUAGAAAAUGUAUUUAUUUUUAUUUAUAAGUGACUUAAAUUGAGAUUUAAUUUUUUUAUAAUAAAUUUGAGAUUAUUUUAUUGAAUAGAUUAUUAUUAAAUAGAACUUCUAUUGUAUAUAUAUAAUAUUAAUUAUAGUAUUUCUUGUGUAGAGGUGAACCAUCAAACUAGGUAGGUGGAUACCAUAUGUCAUUUUCUCCUCUGCUACUACAUCAAAUAUUGUAACUAAUUUCCUUAAAAUUUAUGUAUAUAUUGCAACUAAAUUGAACUUUUGUUAAUGUGAAAACUUUUGUUCCUAACUACUAAAUUGAAUUAUUAAUCAUUUGUUUACAAGCCCAACAACUCCUACGUAUGAACACAAUACGGGUCUCGUUAAGCAAUAAUUGUGGAUUGAAUAAUAACAUUUACGUAGUCUAUCCCUAUUUAUUAUUUAGAACUAGUUAAUACAUAGGAACAGAUCAACUUUACCAAAAAAAAAAUCAUAGGAACGGAUCAAAUAACUUCACCUGAGCACCACAACACGAGUCAAUUUUUUUUUUUAAAAAAAAUAGAAACAAAAAUACUACUUAUGAUAGAAAUUCUUCACAAUUAAUUUUUGAAAAGUUUUACAGAAUAUGCAGUUUUAUUAUUAUAAAGAAAAAUAUCAACGUCUUUUUUUCUUCUGUUUUGUAUCUUAUUAGAUAUACCAUGCAUAGUAAAUUGGGCUGGACUUUGCUUUGCUGCUCUUACUCCUGAGAUGGAAAUGGGCCUGGUCUAUUAGAGUGGUAGAAACUAGUUGGGGUUUGAUAGCUAGCUAUAUUUAUAUAUGUUUUGAAAAUGAAUAAUUAGAUAAGACACUAUUUUUUUCUGAAUUUUUACAUAAAAUGUCAUUUUUUUUUUGUUUUUCAACAUUUAUUCGGUACCAUAAUUUUAGUUUUCAAUUUUACCAUUUUUUUUAACUUUUUAUACGGUUUUUUUUUUAAAUAAUUACAUCAUAUACGGUUUUUGUUUUACUCAUUUAAUUGCCUACACGUUUCUCUCUAAUAUGUCAAAUUUUAAUCACUUCCAUGCCAUUUACCAUUAUCUAACUCACACUCCAUAUUAUUAUUAUAUUUUGACUUUCAUAUUCUACAUCAUUCUCAUCUUCCUCUUCUUUUUCUUUUUGAUCAUGGAGUUCUUACCUUUUUUUUUUUUUUUUUUUUUUUUUUCUGCUUGUUGUUUCUUUGAUUUUUCCUUGUUUUUGAGUAAUGGUUGUUUCUCAAUCUCGUUCAAGUUCAUUGUCCCCUUCUCCUAAGAAACCCAAAAAAAAAUCUAUUAAAGAAUCUAAACCCAAAUUAGUUGUUCAAACUUCUUCAAAACCCUCUAAACAUAAAACUAAAGUUGUGGCUUCUGCUGGUGAGCCUUCAUCUGGUGAUGCUAGGAAAGCUAAGAGGAAGAGGAUUGAUAAUGAUGAUGAUUUUGUUUCUAUUCGUCCUAAAAAGCAAGUUUUGUCGAGCAUCAAUGGCUGCUCUGUUUUCUUUUUCAGUCGGACGAGAAUGCUUAAGGUGUUGAAGAAGUUGAAACCGUAUUUUAUGUAAUUUAGAUUACACUUACCGUAUAUAAGUUGUAUUUUGGGGUGUAACCGUAUUUUUGUUAAAUUUUUCCUAUUUUAGUGAAAUUGUGAAAAUUUCCCUUCUUUUUUAUAAAAAAAAAAUAUAUUUUUACGUUUAAA